AUGAGGCAAGCUUCCUUUGUGGGUGCCCUUAGCAACAACAUUAUCCUCGCAUCUUACGAUGACCGUCCCGAUGGAGGAGAUUCCCCGUCUCCGAACUCCAUCCUGCAACGCCGUAGUACAGAUAAUGGCGCGACCUGGGACGAGCCCACCUUUAUUGCCCAAGGCCAGAUCAAGAGUCCCACGGCCCUCCAGUACGGCUUUAGCGAUCCUAGCUACAUCCAUGACCGCGAGACUGGGAAAGUUUUCAACUUUCACGUGUUUUCUAAGGACCAGGGCUUCCUCGGCGGCGUCCUUGGCAAUGAUGACACCAAUCGCAACGUUAUUAGCUCUGAGGUCUCGGUCUCAACCGAUAAGGGUCUUACCUGGUCUACGGACCCUUCGAAUCAGCCUAACCCCCCCCCCCCCCCCCCCCCCCCCCUCCUGUUGCCGCUAGCACGCAGUUUACUCGAUAAUGGAGGUGACACAUGGCAGAUGGGUAAGCCCAUUGGCAAAGGCAUGGAUGAGAACAAGGUUGUUGAGUUGUCGAACGGUACCUUGAUGGUAAACUCGCGCCCCGGUGAUGGAAGUCAACACCGCAUCAUUGCACUCUCUUACGAUGGUGGCGAGACGUACGGUACCCCCCGCAUCGAGGCUCAGCUCCCUGACCCCACGAAUAAUGGUGCUAUCACUCGGGCCUAUCCUGAUGCUACCCAGGGCUCUGCCGAGACUAAGGUCCUGCUUUUCACCAACGCCAACAGCAAGUCCGCUCGGGUGAAUGGUACCAUUCGCUACUCCUGUGAUGAUGGAAAUACUUGGUCCCCUGGCAAAGUAUUCAGAGCCGCCACUACGUCGUACUCCACAGUCACUGCUAUUGAUGAUGGCAAAUUUGGCCUGUUCUUCGAGGCCGCGAACAACCAUCUGCAGUUCGUUGCUCUUAUCAAGGAAUGGAUGGGCAUUUCUUGCUAA